AUUUGGACAUAAUAAGUGUGGUAUCAUAUUAGAUUUUCCUUUAGUUGACAAUGUAAUACAUGUUCAGUUACAACUAUUGAAUGUGAAGUGUAAGUUAGUUUCUACUUUUGGUGAUAUGAUUGGAAAUUUGGAAAUUAACUUUGAUGAUGACUUUUUUUUUAUUGUUGAACAAACAAAAAACAUUGUUGUUAUUUCAGCUGACACUUUAGUCUGCAAAUGUAUGUUAAUUAAAAGUAAAUUAGAUACAAAAGAUGUAUUAAUUUUGACACCAUUGAAAGAACUUUUCGAAUAUGCUUAGGGUGGCUAAAUGUAAAUUUUGUAAUUAAUAAAUAUGCUUCACAUCAUGCAUGUGUGUUUUUUUAUACUAACAAACAUUUUUGUUUUUAAUAUUUUGAUAAUUUGAUUUAAAAUAAUUUGAUAAUUUGAUUGAAUUUUUUUACAGGUUUAUAUUUUAUUAAAUAAUGACUUACCCUGAUAGAAAUAGAACAAAGAAAUUAGAUUUUGUAGACACUCAAAAGCUUUCUUCUACUUUUGUUCUUUUAUGGUACAAGGAUUGUGAAAAAGAUGAGCGGCAUACCUCUCCCAUAUCACUUUCAAAUACACUUUUUAAGCAUUAUUCAUCCUUUGAAUGCCUUGAAUUUCAAGUGAAAAAUGUAGUGCAUGUUUCUAUUGCAAAUAUACAACACGCAGCUGUCAUCAUCUAUAAGGGGUCUAUUACCCAAUGCUGUAAAUUUGAAACAUUGCUAGAUAACUUCAUGGACGAUUUUGGUGAUGAAAAUUCUAGCACUGAUGAAGUAAGCAAGUUUGCCCUCAAUUAUAUUGAAAGCAAUACUGACGGAAAAAGAAAACAUUCUGAUGGAGACCAAUCCUCAGAUUCAGAGAAUAUUGCACCGGUCUCAGAACAUACAGGCCUAAACGGACCUAAAUAUAAAUCGACUCCUAAAUCAAAGGUGCUGAAAAAAAAACAUGUAAAUGAAGUGUUGAAUGAAAAUUCAGAAUCAGAGUCCUUUGCAUCAUUUUAUAACAGUCAAAAAGGAUCUAAAAAAAAUGAAGCACAGAUUAUGGCUUUGGAAAAGCGGAAGCUUGACAUGCUACUUGACAAUGUUGAUGCUCCCAGAGCAUUGAUGCUUCCAAUAAUUAGUGAUGUUCCUAAAACAAAACACUGUGGUUCACCGAAGUUAAGCAAACUAUCUUGUUUAGAAGCAAUUUUGAUUGAACAAAAGAAACCUCUUUUUGAACAAAAGAAGACCAACAAACUGUUGUCUGAAAUUUUGCGCCCAAUAGAAAAAGAAUCUGUAAAUAAUGAUAAUGCCGUGUAUACUGGUUUUGAUGCCGAAUUUAAAUUGCACGACAUUCAAAAACGAGAACCAUGUAGCUUUGCAAGAAAAUUUAUUUUGUUGCGAUUCGGAAAGGAGUUUACUUGCACGCGUAUUUGUGAACCAAACGGACCUACUGCACGCAUUCAUAUGGAGAAUGAAGAAAUUCAGGAAGUUAAAGGUGCACUUGACAAAGUGUUUACGUCUUACAACUGGCGUGUUGUUCGGGCGAGUAUUAAUCAAUUUUUCCGAGACAAUAAAAGUAGUACAAAAGUUUGAAGACUAAACAAAUGAGUGACAUUUUUCUUGUGGUGUGGGGUUGUCAGCGUUUUUCGCUUAUCCCCCCCCCCCCAUUCUAUCUGUAAUGUGUUUUGUAUGUUUUGUGUGUUAAAUAAAUACACCAUCUUAUUUAUUCUAAA